CUCCCAACAGUAACAAGAGAUAUUAUUUUCUAAUCUAUUAAUACAAGAUACUAAGGGUUUGAAGGGAUUUGAAGAAAACAAAACCCAAAUACCUCCUUGGUGGAAGCAUAAAAUGGUAAAACCACUAUGGAAAACAGUAUGGAAGGUACACAAAUGUUUAAAAAUAGAACUACCAUAAGAUCCAGCAAUUCCAAUUCUGGGAAUAGAAACAGGAACCUCCAAUCAGGUACCUAUUAAAGAUCGCUACUUUUCUUCUCAUCCCUGUUUCUACUUCAGUUCUAGGAUCCCAGGAGAACAUUUCGACAGCAUCAAUUAAGAAGCAGACAAGGAAGAAGACUGAGGAAUUGGGCACUAAUGGAAUGCCGAUGAUGGACCUGUGAUUAUCCCUGCGGCACCAGCAACUGCCUGGAGAGCACAAGAUCCUGAGUUUGACUAUCAGUACCAAAAUAAAUAAAUAUAUACAUACAUAUAGUCCAAAUAGUGAUGACCUCUGUGAUCUAGAGCAAUGCCCAGAGGCUGGACACGCUCUGGCCUGAACACCUUGGUCCAGCCUGCUGAGUCUCAUGCUUGACCCAUCACACUUUUCCUUCCUUUGUCCAGCUCCUUCACACCUGGACCAACUACAAUGACAGUGCCUGGAUCAAAUUCAACUUACAUCACGGAGUUCCUCUUUGAAGGCUUCUCUAGUUAUGGGUGGCAGCACAGGCUUGUGCUCUUUGUUGUUUUCCUAACACUGUACCUGCUGACUCUGUCUGGCAAUGUGAUUAUUGUGACAAUUAUUCGCCUGGAUCGUCACCUUCACACUCCCAUGUAUUUCUUCCUGAGCAUGCUUUCCAUCUCUGAGACUUGCUACACUGUGGCCAUCAUUCCACGUAUGCUUUCUGAUCUCCUGAAUCCUCAGAAGACUAUUGCUUUCCAACACUGUGCCACACAGCUCUUCUUCUAUCUUACCUUUGGCAUCAACAACUGCUUUCUGCUGACAGCCAUGGGAUAUGACCGCUAUGUGGCCAUCUGCAAUCCUCUAAGGUACUCAGUUAUCAUGGGCAAAACGGCUUGUAUCCAGCUGGCAUCUGGGUCACUGGGAAUUGGCUUGAGCAUGGCCAUUGUCCAGGUAACAUCCGUGUUUGGUCUGCCUUUUUGCAAUGGCUUUGUUAUCUCCCAUUUCUUCUGUGAUGUAAGACCCCUCCUGAAGCUGGCUUGUGCAAAUACCACUGACAAUGAAAUCAUUAAUUUUGUCGUGAGUGUUUUUGUCCUUGUUCUACCAAUGACCCUGGUCUUCAUCUCCUACAUCCUUAUUAUCUCCACCAUCCUCAAGAUUUCCUCAGCAGAGGGCAGGAAGAAGGCCUUUGCCACCUGUGCCUCCCACCUCAUAGUGGUCAUCAUCCACUAUGGCUGUGCCUCGAUCGUCUACCUCAAGCCUAAGUCUAAGAGUUCCCUGGGCCAGGACAGACUCAUCUCAGUGACCUACACUGUCAUCACACCCCUGCUGAACCCUGUUGUGUACACCUUGAGGAACAAAGAGGUCAAAGUUGCUCUGUGCAGGCGAUUGUGAAGAAAACCAAUCUGGAGAGUUUGCAAAGUUCUUUUCUUUACAUACACAGAUUAUGUGUAUUAAUUAAAAUACCAUUUCAACAUAUAAGAUCAAGAAUAGUGAGCUAAGUGGAACUGAGUGCUAAUUGAGGUACUAAGCUUUUCUGUGUUCUUUGCUAGAGAUCUGAGGAAAUGACUUGAAUUAGGAAAUAAUGUUGUACAAAGAUAUUUGUGUGUAAUUGACAACUAAGAGCACUUACACUUACACAGAGGUAUACACAUUCUGAGAAUAUUUUCAGCUUCAUAAACAAAUUGGCUAACACAAAAUCUAGCAGAGUCCUGGUGAAUGGUUUGAAACCACUUCAGAAAGAUUAUUUUCCUGUUGGUAGCAAUGCUGGGAUAGUUGAGUGGCCAGUGUGACAUUCAACUGGGGAAACACAUAUGCACAUAAUAUGGCACAGUUCCUUAGAUUGUCUUGGCUACCUUCUACAGUGACAUCACAAACUGGGGAACCCUCAAAUGAGCAAGGACAUGCCUUCCAAAAUGGACACCACUUCCCUAACUCGUCUAGAAAUAGAGAGUACAAUGUAAGACAUUAAAAACCAACAGUCACAGAGUACAGAGUUAGGUUUUACAAGGUCAUGACAUGUCCAAAAGAGAAAAGUCAUACUGAAAGGAAACCAGGCUGAAGGGUUGAGCUUUUUUUGUACUCUCAUUAAUGGACUACUGAGGAUCCCAUUUGAGAGAUUUCCCUGCAUUGACCUAAAUUCUCUGAAAUAGUGUUAUAAACAUAAGCACUUUUACAAUAUUACAUAGCGUGUAUUAACGAACAGCAAUCCAAAGCUUUGUUUAAAAUUUUACAAGAAGCUCAUAAACCUCUUGUUAACUUUUAGAAGUUUCUUUGAUCACAUCAUCUUUUCACCUGUGUUCUAAAUAGCAUUUCAUAUCUGAGCAUUACAGGAAGCAACACUGGGUGCUCUGGGGCAAGAAAGGAUGCCUGUAUCAUCUUCACACAGAACUCUUGACUUUCUGUUGUAGAGUCAGUCACACUACAAGUUCCAAGCAUAGUUACUAUGGUACUCAGAACCCAUCUGAUCCAGUGAUGUGACUCUAUAAAGGCAAGACCUCAGCUGUGGAAGUGCCAUCAAACUUGCAGCAGUGGAAGAUGGCAUGAGCCAGUGGAAAUAAACAAGUACUUUAGCUCAAAUUAACAUGGUCCCUUGGCAAAAUAUCAAGACCUGGAAAGUCAGGCCCCAGACUGUUGCUGGAGAUAAUGAUAUCUUUGCCUCAGUGUCCAAAUUGCAGAAAUGAUAGUCAGUUCAUUUCUGUCCUGUUGGUUAAAAUUAUUUUGUACAAUAAUUCUGUAUAACGGCUCAAAUCUGAAUAAAGUUCUGAUCAAUGUAACAGCAUUUAUUUGCUGAAGAUUAGUUUGUUGGCUAUUGUAGGCUACACACCCAGACUGCAUCACUCAGGACUCACACAUGCAUUCUCUCAGUGCUGCAGAAAAUGUGGGCUGAAAGCUCCAUGAGUCCCUCAAGGAACUGUACUUGCUAUGAAGCUGCUUCCUCCCAGUUCUGACUGUCGUUUACGGUAAAGAGAUAUGUCUAUUUCAGGAAUCUGACUGUUAUUAAGAUACUUAUGAAGAGGUUUCCUCGAUCCAGAGUACUCAUCUGUGAGAUGGACUGAGCUAUUUGCUUGUCUGUGCAUUUUCAAUUACCUGUCUGUUUUACCCUGUUACCAUGCACAUUGCAGAGGUGGAUAGCAUUCCUUAAUGAAAUUCUUGCUUUAAAGUCUAUCUCAGAGUCCAUUUCCAUGGGUUCCAAAUCUGUAAAACUUUAGGAAAGCAGUUUCUAGAGAAGUAAUUAUCAUUAAGUGAGGAAUCAAAAUUUAGUUGUGAUAUGUCUAGUGGAGGAAGAAGGUCAGUAACUCCUCAAUUUGCCUGUUUUUAAAAAAAUGAUUUCAUUGUGUUUAUGGAGCUACAUUUACUGUGAUUCAAUUUAGCUGUCAGCCAUAUAGUGUUGUCUGCUUGGAAAUCGGUUAAAAAUAAAGAUUUGAAUUUUUCUCUGAA